AAAUCAUCCCUGAUCAGAGGUUCAACAAUAUAAGCCGUCCCUUUACCACAAUGAUUAUCAUAUAAAUUUGAUUUGUAAAACUAAUUAAAUUCGGAGAACAAUGAACUCAGAUGUAGACCCUAACCAUUCAAUCCGCCGGAAUUUACGUCAAAGGCAGAGAAAAAAGGGCGAUUGUAUCGAUGAUCCAAUAUCCGAUUUGGAAAAGAAUAAACGUAAAGGAAAGAGGAAAGGUCUUUAUUAUGGAAAAUACAGUGCCUAUGACGAGUACGGAAAUAUUAGAAGCAAUGGAUUGGAUGUUUGUGACUGCAUGAAUGAAGAAUGUGAAGGUUGUUGGUACGAAUGCCGCAAUUGUGGCUCUCUCAAAUGCGGCCCUCAAUGUAGAACAAAUCGAAAGUUUUUUUAUGAAGGCAUUAUAUACGAUGGAAAGGACUUAUCUUUAAUUAAUAAAUACUGCGGUUCAAAAUAAAUAACGGCUUUGAAUUAGAAUGAAAACACCGCCGUUGAACUUGAAAAA